AGGUAUUGCGGCGUGGUUGUAAUGCAGCAAAACAGCUCCAAUAUUUCGCACCAACAUGGAGCGUAAAUGUCAAACUUGGGACAUCUUGUGGCGAUCUUUUCUUACUUUUACUAUUUUCGCAACCACAAAUUCCAUUGCAUUUCGUCUAGACGACAGUCAAAGUGCAGUGAAACUAAUUCCGCUGACAAGAGUGAACCACAAUGGCGGUUUCCGAUUCCAUCGAGGGAACAACUUUCAAUUUGAAAGAGAAAUCAAAGAGUUGAAUGAGUUAAGAUACAGAUUUCGGCGAAGUACCGGGGGUUCUGUCCGUGUUCACAAUAACACGAGGAUAACAGAGGAGUUUGAACUCGACGGAGACAAUCAUACUGUGGCUUUCUUACACUGGUCGGGAAAAGACAGUUCGGUUAUUUACAUAUACACCUGUGGAAAAGUGAAUCAAACUGAAAGUGGAAAUUUUAUCUGUGAGGAUGGUUUUUUUUGGAGAUCCACAGACUAUGGAACCACUUUCAAACAUGAAGAUUAUAAAUUUAAAAAUCAACCCACCAAUAACAUUGAUUUUUGCUCAAGCAAUUACAGAUUAUUACAACUUGUAUGUAUCAGAUCUCACUGGAGUGAAGUAUUCUCUGUCUUUGGAAAAUAUCCUCAGUGACAGGACUCCAAUUUGGGGAAAGAAUACAACACUAGUGGAUCUUCACAGGGUUAAAAGUCUCAAUGGAACGUACCUCGCGAAUGUGUUCUUCCCAGAUGGUGAUGGAGGAAGUGAUGUAAAAAUUAGAUCUGUGAUUACAUAUAACAAGGGAGGUGAAUGGUUUCCACUGAAAGCUCCAUUAGUUGACCAUAGAGGAAACCCUACAAACUGCCACCCGCCCAAAUGUUCUCUUCACGUUCAUAUGGUGCUGGGCCGAUGGUAUUUGUACAUCCCUCCUGUCCUGUCAUCUUCCUCAGCCGUGGGAAUCAUUGUGGCUCAAGGUAACUUAGGCAGUACUUUACGUCAAAGACCGGUUGGCCUUUAUCUAUCAAGGGACGGAGGAUUAUCAUGGACCAAGGAAUUUAACGGCUACCAUGAUUUUGUAAUCGGAGAUCAUGGUGGUAUUUUGGCAGCAGUCCCGCUCGUACGGAACGCUGACACAGUGUGGUAUAGUUGCACUGAAGGACAGGCUUGGAAAAAUGUUUCUCUAGGAAAGGAACCAGUGACUGUUUUUGGCAUGGUCACUGAGCCGGGAGGAACAACUCUUAUCAUCAAUGUAUUUGGUCAGCAUACAGGCCGCACAUUUAAAUGGCUCUCGGUAAAACUGAACUUCACGUCAGUUCUCAACCAGAAGUGCCUAGCAGAUAACUAUACAACUUGGUCUCCCAACGAUGAGCGUAUUGACGGGGAAUGUUUACUGGGUCAACACUUCGUAUAUGAACGUCGCAAAAGCGGAGAUUGCUGCUUCAACGGAAAGGAAUACGAGAGAGAAAUCAAUAUUACAACUUGCGCCUGUGAAGAAGACGAUUUUGAAUGUGACUUUGGCUACGAACACUCAGAGCUCUCUAAAGUGUGUGAGCCCACGGCCGACGCAGCUCCAGUGCCAGCUCAUUGCCCAGAGGGAAAAACGUAUCCGCACAGUCGUGGUUACAGGAAAGUUGUCGGAGAUCGCUGCAAGGGCGGGCGCGAAGAUAAGUUAAUGCCAGAGAUAAGGAAUUGUCCAAUAAAAGCACCUUCAGAUCUCAGAAUCACGUUUGGAAAAUUGUACGUGGAAACAAACACAAAAGUGACCUUCUCUCUUGCUCAGGGACAGGGCUCCACAGAAUCCACGUGGUAUGAAUGGAACUUUGGAGAUGGCAGUAAAAGGAAGAACAUCACUGGACUUAGCAAUGCUGAAAACAUCUCCCACACUUUCUUUCAUCAUGGCACCUACAAUGUAAGCGUGGCUGCUGGAAACACUGCUGGCCAAGAUAACGGAACCACAGAAGUUAUAGUCCUAGAUCUUAUUAAAGAAGUCGAUAUCGAACCGCCUCACGCAGUGGUAGUUGGCGUUGAGGCGUGGUUCAACGCCACUCUGCACUCCACUGCCUGGGCUCAACAGCAAACAUCAAGCCCAAAUUUUGGCUUAACACAUUACAUGUGGACAUUUGACCAGAACGACAAAAACACGCUUCCUUUAUUGACUUGGGAGAGCGAGGUGCACUACGUAUACAACAAAGCAGGCAUCUAUAAAGUGUCUGUCCAAGCCAGUAAUGGGAUUGGACAGACAAUUGGCAGUACAACAGUAACUGUGUAUGAUAAUCUUCUCACUGUGCGUCUCUUAUUCGACGCGGUGUUGGAUGAAAACAAUGACAAAACAUGGCAAUGGAGAGAGUUUUUCGCCAAGCGUCUAGAAACCGCUCUUUCUAAGAUGCUGGAUGUCGACCCUAAACGCCUUGAAGUUUUUGUGUUACGCGGGCUGCCGACUAGAAGUGAUGUGUCUAUAGUACCUGCUCAAACCAACACUAGCAAAUCAGCAGAUGAGAUUGUGGAUUUACUGAAGUUUAAGGUGGAGAUGGGUUCGGUCAAGAUCCAGCUGCCUAAGGAUUUGACUGUCAGAGUCACACACGUCGAGGUGCUACCAAAUAGAGACUAUGGUGGCGGUGGUUUGUUUCCAACACAGUCUUCCGAUUCCGGCUCAGGUACGCAGUUGGCCAUUGGUGUUGGCGUCGCUGCCUCGCUCGUGGUUGUGUUUCUCGUUGGGACUCUGGUGUAUUUCCUCAGACGCUACAACCUUUUACGAAGCCGCUACACUCACCUCCGCUUAUACAGUGACGGUGCACAACUGAGGGACCCCCUGGUAGAAAGCGAUGACGGUGAGAAUGAAGAGUCUUUGCAUCCGCAGCCAGGGGGGUCGUUGCGUUAUGUACCCUUACCCACCAGUGCAGCACCAGACGCCGACAGUGAUGAAGAACUAAUAGACAACUUCGGGACAGGAUCUUUAGCUCUUUUGCCUCACAGUCAAAAUGAUCCAGGCCAUGGAGGAAAUACUAACAACUGAUACUAUCAACUAAUAAUGAUAAGAAAUAAUCCAAUUAGUAAUAGAGACACGUGCAGUGGUACUUGUUGUUCCAGGAAAUAAGCCACAAAACUACUCAGUAGAUUGUAGACUUAAAGUAACCGGUCAACCCAUAGAAUAGUCAUUUAAAGGGGUCUUGGAUGGGAUGAGGUGGGGGGAGGGGGGGGCUCAGAUACCAUGUUUACACUCCUCCCCCUCCCAUCCAAAGAUUUUUAUAUCAUUUAGUUUGGUGUCAGGACUAAUUGUCAAGUAUUGGCACUAAAACAUUCUACUCCCACUUCACACCUCCAAGGCCAUCUUCCUUUUUAAUUUUCCGUCCCCGUUUACUCAGUGAACGAGAAUUUGCUAACAGAAUAAGUAACGUUAUGCAGUUCCUUUGUAUUUAAUCUUCCGAGAAGGACAGUCUUUUAUGACUGUUCAUACUGAUAUCUUAAGAGAGAGACAGUAAUAAGGUUAGGCAAUUAAAUAACCUUUUGAGAAAAUUGUUCCUUUGA